AUGCAUAGGUCAAGUGCCUGGAACCUCUGCAACCAGGAGCUCCAGGAACCCACAGCCCCCUCUGUCCUGUUCCUGGGCACCCUGGAGGAGGUGGCUGCUGCUGUGACCCCAAGUCCUCCCCAGAGCCCUCAGAGUGCCUGGCCCUCCCCCACUACCAUGGCAGCCGCUCCAUGGAGCCAAUCUGAACACGAUGGCUCUAGCAACCAAGAUGAAGAGGGGUCAAGUACCUGGGAGGACCUGGAAGAUGUCGAGUGUUCGCUCCAAGACGCACUACAUUUGAAGAUCGCUGAUCUGGUGGGGUUCCUGCUCCUCCGGUAUUGCACAAAGGAGGCGACCACAAAGGCGGAAAUGCUGAAUCUGGUCAUCAGAGAAUACCAGGACCUUCCUGUGAUCUUCAGCUGAGUCUCUGAGUGCAUGCAGCUGGUCUUUGGCGUUGGCGUGAAGGAAGUGGACCCCAACCACCAAUCCUACGUCCUGGUCACCACCCUGGGCCUCACAUACGAUGGGAUGCUGAGCGGUGAGCAGAGCAUGCCCAAGACCGGCCUCCUGGUGCUGCUCCUGGACGUGAUCCUCCUGGAGGGCGACUGCGCCCCUGAGGAGGACAUCUGGGAAGCGCUGAGUGUCAUGGGGGUGUGUGCCGGGACAGAGCACUUCAUCUAUGGGGAGCCCAGGGAGCUCCUCACCAAAGUUUGGGUGCGAGAACCAUACGUGGCAUACCGGCAGGUGCCCGACAGCAAUCCUGCAUGCUACGAGUUCCUUUGGGGUCCCAGGGCCCACACUGAAACCAGCAAGAUGAAAGUCCUGGAGUAUUUGCUCAGGGUGGGUAGCAGGGAUCCAGGUUCCUUCCUCCACGUGUGCGAAGAGGCUGUGAGCGAUGAGGAAGAGGGGGCCUGAGCCAGAGUUGCAACCAGGCUCAGUCCAGGCCCACAUCCAGCAGCUUCUCCUGCCAGGAAUGAAGUGAGGCCACUUCUUCACUGUGUGUUUGAAGGGAGAGCAGUCAGUGUCCUAAGUAGUGGAUGGCCAGGGCGAGGUGAGGAGACACAGUGCAUAGCAUCUUUGGGAUCCUGUUCUCUAUGAUUGAUCUUGGAGAUGGAUCUUGGUUUCUUUUAGGAGUUUUUCAAAUGCUGUUCCUUGUAGUAGAAGGUUUAAUUAGCUUCAGCAUCUAAGUUUGGGAAUGACGUUGACCACAUAUGAAUUUGUACUUAUCCAGUCCAAGAGGAAGAGUUUUGCUAUUUUGUAAAAGUCAUUGGGACACCGUCCAUUGUAGUCUGUGAUCUGAACAGGUGACAUGGCACUGGAACAGGAAUUUCCUUGGAAAUGUGAAAGAAAUUAGCAGUCAAAUUGAUGGGGUCAGGAAAUAGAGAAAGAAAUGUAGAAGAUACUUAAUUCUUGGCUUCUUAUCCCUUCUCUUCUGUCAUUCUAUCAAGCUAAAAGAUAUACUUAUACACGGAUUUGCUUGGGUUAUUCAAGAAAGUCAGACAAAUUUCAUUUGAGUAAAUGAGACCCCUGCUCACUGGCUCGUUUCUUCCUCAGACUUUUGCUGAGCCUCUGCUCUCUGGAA